CAACAUUGUAAAUAAUCCGAUAAGUAUAUAUUAUCUAUAAAAAUUUCAAAUCGAUCAAUACAUUGGAACCCACAGGUGUUAAGUACUUAAUGAUAGAGUUAAUUAGUAGCACCAUAUAAUAAUUGCUAUCAAUUUUAUAAAUCGACUUUAGAAUUUUACCUUUCAUUACCUAGGGAAAUCUCAUUAUUGCUACACUUUGUAUCUAAUUAAUUAAGGACCAUAUAAAACAUUUCUAAUCAUUAAUCGGAUUCAAUGAUUAGUCCUUAUCUUGGAGAUAUAUUAGAAAGUGCCGAUUCAAAAUUGUAUUAUAUUUUAACCAGUAAACAGCUUGCUAAGUUCGAUAAUGCAACAUGUUUCUCAAAUUUAUAAUUGUAUGUGUAUCAUUAAUUGACGUUUUAGGAUUUCGAGGCGCUUUAGGACUGAACGAAAUAUGCUCUCAUAACUCUGAUUGUUUUGGUAACGCUAUCUGCGAUAAUAAAAAGUGUACCUGUGAUUUAAUUUCUUUUCCAUAUAAUAACAAUUGCUUACCUUAUGUGACUGAAUAUAAUGGUUAUUGUGAACAAUCGAGCCAGUGUGAAUGGUUAGGAGACAAUGCGAUCUGUAGUCGAAAUGUUUGCACUUGUGAAGAAAAUUUUAGAUGGUAUCAAGGAAAGUGCAUGAAAUAUGCACGAAAAGGAGAAGAUUGUACUGACAUGGAUUGUUAUGACAAUAAUGAUCCGUUGUCAUUAACUUGUGACGAGUCAAAAAAAUGUAACUGCAGUUCUGGUUACUACGACAGGAAAUACGAUUGUAGGAAAACAUCUAGUGAAGGCAACAGAUGCGCUAUUGAUAUGGAUUGUAUAGGUGAAAAUCUUAUUUGUGAUAUUGGAAAAUGUGUUAAAAAGAAUAAAGCAUUCUCAUUAAAUUACGUACAAUACGAAUCAGAAAUAUUCGAUGAUGAGCCUAAGGAUGAUUUUUUACCAAAUUUGCAACAUUCAGUCCCUAUAAUAAACUGUACUUACGAUAAAGACUGUGUUAAUAUAAAGAAUUCAUUAUGCCACGAAGAAACCAAAACAUGUAUGUGCAGAACAGGAAAUAUGUAUAUUUCAGGCAACUGUCUCCCAGGUUUCGGAAGAUGCGACAAAAAAACAUGUACUGAGAAGAACACAGAUUGCUUUCAUAAUCUAUGCGUUUGCAAGAAAGGAUACUUCGUACGUAAUGGUAAAUGCAUUCCAGAACUUGGCAUGGAGGAUCCUGCUUUAAUUGAUACAACAGCCUGCGUUAUAAAACCCGCCCAAUGGGUAAAGGAGAAAAAUGCCUGCUACUGCUUAAAUUAUUGGUUUCCAGACGAGGCUAACAGAAAUUGUAUUAAAACAACACUUCAGAAUACUUUGUCGUGUUUAACCAACGAUUGGUGCAAUGCGUUAGGACCGAACUCCUUCUGCAAUUCAACAAAUAAGAACUGCCAAUGUGGCAAGGGAGCUAUAAAUCAAACAAUAUUUUAUUGCGAAGAAAAAGAAAGCAAAGAAACUUGUUCAAGAGACAACGACUGUAAGUAUAAUGAGCAAUGCCAGGAUCAAAUCUGCGUUUGCAAAGAGAAUUUCACCAGAGAUAAUAGGGGUAAAUGUCAACCAGAUUUGAACGGUUCUUGUCUAAUACAAGAAUGUUCCAACAUCAAAUUUUCAAGUUGCGUCAAUGGUGUCUGUAAAUGUAAUGAAGAGUAUAUAAGCCACAAUAACAAGGAGUGUCUGACAGUUGCUAAGACUUUGAACGAUACGUGUGAAAUUACGGAACAAUGUCAAAACUUUAAAUUCACGGAAUGUAAGAAAUCCAAAUGUAAUUGCAAGGAACAGUAUAGUAUGGUAGAUGAUAAGUGCUGGCAAAAUAAAAAAUACGGAGAUCCUUGUAUGAAUGAACUAGAAUGCACCAAAACACUGAACAAGGACUAUCAAUGCCAAAAUAGCAAAUGUGUAUGUCCUAUAGGCAAAAAGUUAGAUGACGGGUAUUGUGUUGCAAGUUCAUCAAACAAUAUCAUUUACUCAUCAUUUGUAUUUGUUACAUCAUGGAUUCUCAUAAGGGUUUUGCUGUUAUAAAUAAAGUAAGUUUCAGUUAAAUUGUU